CACCUCGCAUGAAAUGUCUCAGAUGCAUAUUUCAGAAUUUGCUUUUGCCUCAAAUUCCGAAUGCGGCAUGGCGUAUUUUUGAAUCCUCAUGUACUCAUCCCUAGAAUAGGAGAGACGAGACUUCGAUAUAUACACUUUCCAUUCCCAAAAAUUACGUGUAUCAUUGUCCUUUUUUCAUAUUUCGAAAUAGCUAUGUUGGGUAAUUACAACAUCAGCACGGCCAAGGAAAACUUUCUCAAGGCCAAACCUCGAAAAUUACUGUUUCCAUUCAUCUAUCUUGCGAUAUUCAUUCUAUUCAUUCGAACUGCCUUUUCUCACUCGGGAAAUAAUGGUAAUGCGUGGAGUAUCAUUUCUCAAGAUGAGAACUCAACCCAUCUAACCAACAAUGAUAUUUCACCAACAUCCUCCUCCAUUUCUGUCCAAGCAAAACCUCAACCCCAAACAGCAAACAUAACAACUAGCAACAAAGUAGCUGUAAUAAUCGAGACCCGACGCUCAGGAAACAUCAUUCCCUUAAUCCUCCAUUUCAGCGCUGUGUUAGGACCCACCUGGCCGCUCAUAAUCUACACAUCGGCCGAAAACUUCGGAUCGUUCUCUACAUCCGCCGCGCUCUUGCGACACCAAGCCUCAGGGCGCAUCAUCGUGCGCUCUCUCGCCCCAGGCACCUGGUUCUACAACUGGGAUUCCGUAUCUGCAUUUCUGACGACGCGAUGGUUGUGGGAGGACUUGGCGCCUGCUGAACAUAUACUGUUAUUCCAGACCGACAGUAUGUUAUGUGCGAAUGCGGCAAGGAGCGUGGAUGAUUUCUUGGAAUAUGAUUUGAUUGGUGCGCCUAUCGAGCCGAAGUUUGGUCAGGGCUAUAAUGGGGGUUUGAGUAUGCGGAGUCGGAAGACUAUCUUGAGGGUUUUGGAUGAGUGGAAGUAUAGUGAUAAUCCGCAUCCGGCGGAGGAUCAGUGGUUUUAUGCUAGGUGAGUUUUGGUGGGUUUGGGAUGAGAUUUAUGUGGCUGAUGAUUUUGUUAUGGCCUAGGUUUAAGGAUUUGCAAGAUAGGGAGAUUGAGGAGGGUAUUGAGGAUGGGAUUAAUUUGCCGAGUAUGGAGAUUGCGAGGACGUUUGCUGUGGAGACGAUUGAUCAUCCUCAUCCUUUGGGUAUAUUUUUCCUCUUUUUACUUUACCUUCAUGUCCUUAUAUCUCAAUUCACGAAGAUAUGAAUGCAGAAACUAACCUGAAUCAACAGGUCUCCAUCAACCUACAAGAUACAUCCAGAAGCAUCUAGUAAGUUUGGAUGAAUGGUGUCCGGAAUAUAGGUUAGCUACCACAGAUCGAAUAUCUUAGACUUGUUUGCGAAGAGCGGAGAGUUCAGAAUGUGGCAUUGUAUGAAGGAUAAUUAUAAUGAGAUGGAUGAAAUGGUAGAUACUUAUUAACUUAUUGGGUUGAUUUUUAAAUGUCGACGAA